GAAGAUUUGAUUGGAAAAGGAAGGAAAUAGUUACCAUGGCUUUAGGAAGAUACAAUAGGGUAGAUAAUAAUAACAAUAAGUCUUCGAGUUAUUGUUCCACCGUCACCAUUGUGAUUUUCAUGGGAUUAUGUUUGGUUGGGAUUUGGAUGAUAACUUCGUCCUGGGUUGUCCCGGUCCAAAACGGGGAUGAUCCGGCUGAAGAAAAGAAAAAUCAGCUCAAGGAUCAGGUUGAGACGGUAAUCGUGGAUAGCAAUGACAGAGACAAUAAGCCGCAGUUUGAAGAUAAGCCUAAUGAUCUACGUAAAGAUGGCCCGGAAAAGAAUUUAGACGUGAGUCUGGCUAAAGAUAAGGGCAAAGCCAACUUAGCUGCAGAAGAAAAUCAGGAGAAAACUGAAGAGGCUAAGUGGGACAAGUCUAAGAAGGAUAAUCAGCAAUUCAAUUCUGUAGGUGGAGAGAAAAACGUUUACAACAGUGAGAAUCUGGGUGGACAAGGGUCUGAAAACAACAAUGAGAAACCUCAUUCUAUUAAGGAUGACAAGAAAUCUGGUUCUGAUUAUGCUGAAAAGAAAGGAGAUGAAAGCACUUCCAGGACUUACGGGGAUAAGGUUGAUAAAAAUGAUGACAAGGUGUCGGAUAAACGCUCAGCUGAUCAGGUGAAAGGGAAGAGUUCAAAUGAAGAUUCCCCAAAAGGAGAUAAGGUGUUUGAUAAAAGCUUUGUUGAUCAGGUGAAAAAGAGCUCAAAUGAAGUUUUCCCUAAAGGGGAUAAGGUUGACAAAAAUAAUGACAAUGGGUUCGAUAAAAGCUCUGAUAGUCAAGUGAAAAAGAGUUCAAAUGAAGAUGCCCCAAAAGGAGAUAAGGUGUUUGAUAAAAGCUUUGAUGAUCAGGUGAAAAAGAGAUCAAAUGAAGUUUUCCCUAAAGGGGAUAAGGUUGACAAAAAUAAUGGCAAUGUGUUCGAUAAAAGCUCUGAUAGUCAAGUGAAAAAGAGCUCAAAUGAAGUUUUCCCAUCUGUUGCUCAAUCUGAGCUUUUGAAUGAAACCAUGAUUCAGAAUGGAUCAUUCACUACUCAAGCGGCAGAAUCAAAUAAAGAAAAAAAUGCUGAGUCAUCAUCAAACUCAUCAUCAAAGGAUUACAGUUGGAAGCUUUGCAAUUCCACUGCCGGGCCUGAUUUUAUCCCAUGCCUUGACAAUUGUGAAGCCAUCAGGAAUCUUCCUACUAAUAUACAUUAUGAGCAUCGAGAAAGGCACUGUCCAGAAGUGCCACCAACCUGCCUUGUUCCUCUUCCUGAAGGAUACAAAUUCCCAAUAGAGUGGCCGAAAAGUAGGGACAAGAUUUGGUACAAAAAUGUUCCCCACUCCAAACUAGUAGAAUUUAAGGGGGGUCAGAAUUGGUUGAAAAUUACUGGGGAUUACUUAACAUUUCCUGGUGGUGGAACCCAGUUUAGGAGAGGUGCACUUCAUUAUAUCGACUUUAUACAAAAGGCUGUACCUGAUAUAGCAUGGGGAAAACGCUCUCGUGUAAUAUUGGACGUCGGAUGUGGGGUUGCCAGCUUUGGAGGUUAUCUUUUUGAAAGAAAUGUGCUGGCCAUGUCCCUAGCACCAAAAGAUGAACAUGAAGCUCAAGUACAAUUUGCACUUGAAAGGGGCAUUCCUGCUGUGUCUGCUGUGAUGGGUACUAAAAGACUUCCCUACCCUGGCACUGUAUUUGAUAUUAUUCAUUGUGCACGAUGUAGAGUGCCAUGGCACAUAGAAGGUGGUAAACUCCUCUUGGAGCUCAAUCGUUUGCUGCGACCCGGUGGUUUCUUUUUGUGGUCUGCUACUCCUGUUUAUCAGUUAAAAGCUCAAGAUGUUGAAAUCUGGAAGGCUAUGAUUGAACAAACAAAAGCUAUGUGCUGGGAGCUUGUAAACAAAACUUCUAAAGAACCAAUAAAUAAGGUGGCCAUAGCAACAUUUAGAAAGCCUACAUCUAAUGAGUGCUAUGAGCAAAGGUCACAACAAGAACCUCCACUAUGUCCCGAGUCCGAUGAUCCAAACGCGGCUUGGAAUGUGCCACUUCAAACAUGCAUGCACAAAGUGCCUCUAGAUCCAUCAGAACGUGGGUCUAAGUGGCCUGAGGAAUGGCCAGCAAGGUUGGAAAAAUCACCUUACUGGUUGUUGAGUUCCCAAGUUGGAGUUUAUGGCAAAGCAGCACCAGAAGAUCUUGCUGCAGACAAUGAGCAUUGGAAACAGGUGGUAACCAAGUCAUACAUGCAAGGAAUGGGAAUAAAUUGGUCAUCAGUCAGAAAUGUCAUGGACAUGAAAGCUGUUUAUGGAGGAUUUGCUGCGGCACUCAAAGAUAUGAAUUUAUGGGUCAUGAAUGUGAUCCCAGUUGACUCUCCAGAUACACUUCCCAUAAUUUAUGAAAGAGGUCUGUUUGGCAUAUAUCAUGAUUGGUGUGAAUCAUUUAGCACCUAUCCAAGAUCUUACGAUCUUCUCCAUGCCGACCAUAUAUUCUCCAGGGUUAAAAAGAGGUGCAAUUUCGUGGCUGUGGUUGCCGAGGUGGAUCGUAUUUUAAGACCGGGAGGAAAGCUUAUUGCUCGGGAUGAUGUCGAAACCAUUACCGAGCUGGAGAAUAUGGUACGGUCCAUGCAUUGGGAAGUCCGGUUGAGUUACUCUAAGGACAAGGAAGGCUUGCUGUGUGUCCAGAAAUCCAUGUGGCGACCUACAGAGGUGGAGACGCUCACAUAUGCCAUUGCUUAGGCAUGCUAUCUCCUAUCAUCACAUUCUCACUUUUGCCACAUUUUGCAAUUUUUGGGGAUUAGUUCUCUAUGUUAUAGCCUUUGUAGGCUUGUAUCAUGUAGGCCUUUAGUUUAUUAUUAUUAUUAUUAUUUAUUUUAUUUUAUUCCUUUAAACUCUGAGCUUGGCGUUUCCAAGUUUUCCUGUAAUAUCAUACUGUGAGUUCUUCAAUGGAAAAUAAUGUUCAGGCAUUAUGGCUGGAACAUUUAUAG